UUGCUAAAGAGAUUGAAAUCUCCACACAAGCAAGAAAGAGAUAAUAAAAAAAAACAAGUAAAUAAGAAAGAAGGAGAAUGAAGAUCACGAUAGUGGCAGUUGCACUACUGGCAGUUGUCUUAGCGGCAGCUACUCAAAUUCGUGGUGAAAGGUCUGACCAUCGUUGUGGCCCUUGCUUCGAUUGUGCUAAAUGUGACGAAGGUCGUUGUUGUAGCGAUGCGUCAUACUGCGGGAAUACCUCGGACUACUGUAUUGGCAUCUAUAGCAGGUAUAGCAGGCCAGGGUAUCCCUGCUAUCCUAGAGAGAAGCCGUGUACCGGUGUCUACAACAAUAUUAAUGGAUAUGGAUGGGAUUUGAAAGCUGCGAGCAUUUCCUGUUCUUCGCACACGGCCAAUAUCUCGCAUCAUGGAAUGGAACUAGACGGCGUUCAGAGGCCGUUUUGCCUCGAGCAAGGCGAACCCAACACCGCUAACCGUAUUCGUGCAUCUUGCGGACAAUGCUUGAAGGUUACAAGCCGCAAAACUGGAACUCAAACAACGGUGAGACUUCCAACGGGCAACGAGUGCAACAACAAGGAUUUGAAGUUGGGGAAAAGGGUUUUUGAGGAACUUCACAGCAAUGGAGAGGGAAGUGAUCAGAAGGGCCACCUUACCGUGGAUUAUCAAGUUGUGCAUUGUGCUGAAGACUAGAACACUGAUGGGCCUAAUAUACGUGACUCCUCCUUGAUACAAUGAGCUAUAUACUAAAUAAAUAAUUUCGAAUGUUGAAUGCAUAUACCGCGAAAAUAUAUGCAAAAAACGUUUGUUGUCAUAAUGACAAUGGUAGUGUGAUAAAUAAUCCGUAAUGGAAUACGGUUAUAGGUUGUUAACUGCUAUCGAUCGAUCUGCAUCAUAAAUAAAAUCAUGAUUUCGAUACCAAGUUUACAUUGAAGCUUUUUUGUUGGAUGUUUGAUUAGUGAUUAGAAGGAUAAUUUGAUAAAU